AUGACUGGAGGGAUGCCCAAAAAGAACCCACUCGAAGACAUCCCUUCCGUGGGUUUUGGGACGGCCCAUCUGUAUGAAGAGCACAUAUUCUCCGCCCUGCAGAACGGCGUGCGCCACCUGGAUUGCGCGCGCUUGUACGCAAACGAGGACGAAGUCGGGCGGGCGGUGACAAGGUUUUUGGAAGGCAACACCGGCGGUGUCACACGCAGCGACCUGUGGAUAACCUCCAAGCUCUGGUGCGAGGAGUUGCACCCGAGCGACGUGAGGAGUGCGGUUUUGGACAGCUUAAACGACCUGCAAAGCUCGUAUCUUGACCUGCUGCUGAUUCACUGGCCGCGAGUGUUUGUUAAGGGCAAACCGCUGGUGGUGGACCAGACGGUGUCUAUUUUGGAUACCUGGAAUGCCAUGGAAACGCUGGUGCAAGAAGGCCUGGUCCGGAACUUGGGCGUGUCAAAUUUUGACAGGGCGCAAUUGGCAACAGAACUGCUGCAGUGGUACACUGGUACAACUGCUGACCAGAACGCCGGCGUGGCUGGGGUGGCAACGCAUGCAGAUGCAGCACCAGCAGGAUCGAGCAAAGCACCAAAGAAGAGCUCCGGCUCCGCAGAAGAUGACACCGAUUCUGUUGCGUCCACCAGUGCAACAUCUUCGAGCAAGGUUUCUGAGAGUAGUCGCCCGGAGCUCCUCUGCUCUUCUUCCGACACCAUCGCAGCCCCCCCGAGAGGACACAGAAAGGCAAUUACCAUUUGGCCAUACGCGAACCAGAUUGAGCUCCAUCCCCAUUUUCAGCAACAAGAGUUGGUAAACUACCUGCAGGAGAGAGAAAUCCGCCCGGUCGCCUGGGGCCCGCUGAACUUCGGGCGGAAAUCGCUCGCCAAAGACGAGAUUCUCAUGGACCUAGCAAAGCAGCUAUCAAAUGUAAAAAUGUCUGGGUCUGGAAGAAUGCAAGUUUGUCAUGCUUGUCUGGCAUGACUCUUAAAUCUGCCAUGCACAUUACCAACUGUGUGCAGUGGGGAAAUAAAAAAAAAAAAUAUUUUUGCUUGCGUUUGGGUGUGUAGAUGAGGUGGAUUUGUAGUUGUAUAGGUUGGUCUGGAUGUGUAGAUGAGGUGCUUUUAGCUAUUCACUUAUGUUUCGUCGUCAUUAUAAUCGUCUUGUUUCGUCUCGAAUCUUGUUGUUAGUUUUCGUCGUUUUCCCUAGGCCUCUGUUGGCAGCCGCCUAAAGUGCGGGAGAUUCCUUCUAAGCUAGAAAGAAAAACACACACACACACACACAAACCGCGCGGACUUUCCGGCCGCGGUGCUGGGCUUUCUGGUCGGGUUUCUUUGUUCGCAGUUCCGGGCGGACGAGUGGCGGCGCUGCGCUUUCGGGUCGGGCUCGGAGUUAACAGACGCGUGGAGGUCUCGGAGUUGCGCUUCGGCCUCGGAGUUGAUGGUGUGUUGUCGGUGGACUUGUUUCUGGGCCGACUUGCUGGACGAGCUGGGCUUCUUGCUGGUUGGAGACCUUUUUCCUGGUCGGUGGACUUGUCGGUGGACUUGUUUCUGGGCCGACUUGGUGGACGAGCUGGGCUUCUUGCUGGUUGGACACCUUUUUCCUGGUCGGUGGGUGGACUUGUCGGCGGACUUGUUUCUGGGCCGACUUGCUGGACGAGCUGGGCUUCUUGCUGGUUGGGCACCUUUUUCUUGGUCGGUAGACUUGUUUCUGCAGGGCGGACUCGUUUUUGGUUGGACUUUUGGUGCUGGACUUGUUUCUGCAGGGAGGACUUAUUUCUGGUCGGCGGACUUGUUUCUGAGCAAGGUCUUAGCCUUAGGGGCGCGGCAGGCAGACAAAGAACAGGAGGCCAUCAGCCUAGUGAUAAAUAAACAGCACAGCUGAAGAAUAUGGCUUUUUGUUUUACACUUAGAUCAUCCGCAGCUGGUGCUCUUUUUGAACCCCCCCAGCCGUCCCAUAUUUGCAUGUGCGGGGAGUCUAAGCAACAUGGCUUGCCCGAGUCAUUGACGAACCGGGAAGAUGGGAGGCGGGGUUUGCCGUCUCCAGACAGGCCAGCCGCCGGGAGUGACUGCCACCUCUGUCAUUGAGGGAGCGCGUGUCCUCCUCGACUGAGUUGCGUGCGCGGCCCAUCCGUGUUCCGCGUAAACCUCUACAGGAGAGUGUGCGCCGCGUCGAAAGGCGCCCUUCCGUACGGAGCGCCCCGAACCCUUUUUAGCGCACCAGUAUGAUGGCCUCACUGUUAUAAGAAGUUAGAUCAGUUUUUAGAACCCAAUCUGUUUAUGCUAGCAGAGGGCUAGUGCGCUGUGAACCCCCAGGACCAGGCUGACUCAGUCCCGACCGAAGUGGUAGGCGCUAGGGUGAACUAUGUAUGUAGCGCCUAGGGCCCUUCCGUACGGCCGUAUGUAUGUCCCGCAACGGGGUUCGCCUAUGUCGGUCAUUUGUAUGCGAGGCGAUGGGUUACCCGGUCGGCAGAGCCGAUCCACACGAACGAACGAACAUUACCAAAGAGCCCCACUUUUGUGUCAUGCAGCAACGUAGUUUGUGAUGCAGAAUUGGCAACACCUAGAAGCUCAGAAACUUGUCAUGCUGAGCCAGCAAUUGUGGCCUCCUCAUGAUACGCCACACAGCAUCACAAGUUUCCAGACCCAGACAUUUUUACAUUUGAUAGCAGCUGGACAGCACAGUCCAGCAAGUAGCACUGCGGUGGAACCUACAACGGGGGGUGGUGGUCAUCCCGAGUUCGACGAAUCCAACGCAUGUGCGGGAAAAUCUGAAAUGCGGCGAAGAAGGCAAAGAUGUUGGCGACCCGAGAAGAUUCGCUGGUUUGUCUUCAGCCCAACUGGAGCGAGUCAGUCGUUGCGAUCAAGACACCCGUCGGUUUCCGGACAUCAUCGGAAUCUGGCCCACUUCCUCGACGAGAACCGCCCAGCGAUUCGGGGCGUUUCUCUCGUUCGUGUUGGACAAGUGUGUUUUCCGGCUGUUUGGGCCUCAGUGCCUGGUUUCCUGGCGGAAAGCGGUCGUGCGGUGGAAGAAGCCCAAGCCGGCCUCUAAGGAAGCGUCAAAAUCAUGACAUUGCUACGAGUUUCGUUUUGAAAAGUAGAGGUUGUAGUCAAGCAAAUAAAGCUGCACCUACGCAGCAUAAUGACCUGAAUUACAAAUCUCAUGGGCGAAGAAAUUGCACUUUACACGACCGCGUUGGGUUCGAUUCUGUCCUCCGCCACUGC